UAGCUGCCAUAGCUGCCAUAGCUGCCAUAGCUGCCAUAGCUGCCAUAGCUCCAUCGCUGCAUCUUGCGCCAUCUCCAGAGGUCGCAAUGCGAUGCAGUUUCUCAGCCACGUCUUCUUGGCCAAUGUGGCACUCUGGGACAGGAAUACCAUCGGGCAUAGUCCAGUGUCGGCCCAGCCCAUGCCCGACAAGGCUUCCAAGCCGAUGCGAUCAAGUCCAUCUCAGUUGCAGCAGAUCUGGGACACACAAACGCUUGCAUCCUUCUCUGUCUCGCAACUUGACGCCUUCUCCGCGCUUUACUGGGGUGACUGCCCCUACCUAUCCAGAGCCAUUCGGUGCGGCCGGCACCGACGAGGCGAGAUGGGUACGGUGAGUUUUUCCAGAUUGCAGCGGCUGGUGUCUGCCUACCUGGAUGAAGAAGCAGCUCUUGCACAGCGCCAGGCUGUGAGCAUGAUGCGACAUGUUUGGACGAACUACGAAGAGCGGGCCUUUGGCAAAGAUGAACUGAGGCCGGUGUCUGGAAUUGGUCGCAACAACUGGGGUGGCAUUGGUCAAACCUUGGUGGAUGCACUGGACACACUGUGGCUGAUGGAUUUCAAGGAGGAAUUUGAUCGUGCAGCGCUGUGGGUGGAGCAAUCCUUAAGUUUCUCGAAGGAUCUGAACGUGAAUCUCUUCGAGACGUCCAUCCGACACCUCGGAGGCCUCCUCUCCGCCUUCGCGCUCAGCAGAAGAUCAGGAUUGCUGGACGUGGCCAAAGACUUGGGUGAUCGCCUGAUCAAAGCCUUUCCACCUCCUCGGACUGCGAAUCGAUCCCGCGACACCUCCAAGGGCCUCGGCGCAGAGUUUAAGAAACUGCUCCACCACGUGGGGCUCCCCACUGAAGCGUUGGACUCCGUUCUGGGAAACGGAAAGAACAGCGAGGUGGUGAUCAGCUUGCCAUCUUCGGACAUCAAUUUGGGAAGUGGUGAAACCAAGAAUCUCGCUGGCUUCAUUUCGCUGGCUGAAGCCUAUGUGCCGAUAGAGUGGAAGUACCUGGCUGCACUGACGACCAACUGUUCAUAUUCCGCUGCUCAAGAUCGAGUUCUUCACGCCAUCAAUCGUUCCCUCAAUUUGGAGGAAAAUGGACUGGGCAUGAUAAUGCUGAAACAAGAUGGCAAAGCCUUCCCGUCUGCGCAGAACCGACUGUCACUAGGCAGUCGCGGAGAUUCCUUCUACGAAUACCUGCUGAAAGACUUGAUCUUCUCUGCAGACGUGGCCGAGGAUAAAUUGACCAAAAAGCUGUGGUCGUCAUUCAGGGCGAAGCUUCCAGGGUUGUUCGCCGAAGGGCAUCAGGUAGAUCGCACUCCGGGUUCCAGCUGGCCGCACAGGAGCCCCAAGGAGGUACCCAGGGGUCGUGGUGGUGCACUGGGCGGCUGGCAUGAGUCUUGGAAGGAUGCGCCAUCCCCAUGGCUGUUUUUGAAGGAAAUCACUCCUCACCACACAGUGCCCAAGAUGGAUCAUUUGGUUUGCUUUUUGCCGGGAGCAAUUGCACUCGAAAUCUUCCACAGUGAGAAGAAGAGUGAGGUGGACCUGCAGCUGGCCCACAGGCUCGCGCAGACCUGCGUUCACAUGUAUUGGCGCACCGUCUCUGAUUUGGCGCCGGAAAUCACACGGUUCACGCAGAAUGGGCUGGUAGACGACAAGGGGUCUAUGCACAACAUCCUUCGGCCGGAGACGAUUGAGAGUUUGUUUCUCUUGUGGCGGACCUCCAAAAAACAAAUCUAUCGGAACUGGGGCCAGCGCAUGUUGGCAGCCUUCUAUCGAACCAAGACUCGGUUUGGCUUUGCGAGUCUCCACAACGUGAACCAACCAUCCAAGCGACGUGAUGACAUGCCGUCGUUCUUUGUAGCAGAAACUUUGAAGUAUUUGUUCCUGCUCUUUUCGCCGGACACAGUGCUUCCUUUGGACCAAUAUGUUCUCAGCACUGAAGCGCAUCCCGUCCCUAUACUUGGCAAGGCACAUUCAGGACUAAAGUGGCCCUGCCAUCCAAAGCAGACUUCACAGGCCAAGGCGGAGAAACCAGAAGAUCCUAAGGAUGGUGACCAAGCUACGAAGGAGUCAACGCCAAAAUCAACUCAGGUGUGCGAUCCACAGCGAGUUCAACAGCUGGAGGAGCAAAUGAAGGAAGGGGAGCGGCAACUCCAAAAGAUUCGACGAGAGUACGGCAUGUGCGUUUCGGAUCCGAUUUGUUGGGCCAGCGGCUACACAUACGAGGACUGCUGUUUCCCUGUGCCAGUGGGGAACACGGCGUGCUGGGAUGCAGAAUUUACAUACAGUCGAUGCUGCGGGUGCCAUGUCAAUCAUGGUUACAGCCACAGAUCAAUAAUAGUCAUUAAUGUUCAGUAUGUUCAAUGAUUGCCUUUGUUAUUUUUUCUUGCUCUAUGCUCUUCUCAACUGACCCCGCCCAAGCCAGAAAUGAAUGGAAUAACUUUAGGAAUGUGACAUUUUUGAGCUUUCAAGUUGAAGACAGUGCAUCGCAAAUACAUCCGUGAGUCUUGCAACCUCGCCUGGAGAAGAGGGAUGUUUUUGAGGUAAUGCCGGGACUACCGCCGUGACGUGAGGAUGGAGAAUUUUGGCCACGGAGGUCUGAAGUAGUCAGGUCCUCUGUUGUUACAAUGUAACAAGCACCUAUGUCGAGCAACCCCGCAGUGAAACUCCGGAGGGGCUCGAU